GAAAAGGAAGUAAAUGUUGACUUUGAAGCCCAUACGAUGUCUGACAGCGAUCGUGAUGGGAUGAAAAAACUGCUGAAGCAGCUGUUCCUCAAAGCCAAAGUAAACAUUGCAGAACUGGCUGAUCUUCUCAUUCAGCAGAAUCACAUAGGAAGCGUUAUUAAGCAAGCUGAAGGUACAGAGGAUAGUGAUGACGAAGAUGAAGAUGACCAUGUUUUUGGAUUCAUAAGUCUUUUCAACUUAACAGAGAGGAAGGAAACCACAUGUGCUGAGCAAGUAAAAGAACUGAUUCUGAGCCAAUGCGAGAAAAGCUGCGAUCAGAGCACGGUCGAACAGUUAGAUAAAGUUUUAAAUGACAACAGCAAACCUGUAGGCCUUCUCCUCAGCGAGAGAUUCAUUAAUGUUCCGGCACAGAUUGCUCUGCCCAUGCACCAGCAGCUCCAAAAGGAGCUUGCAGAUGCCCAGCGAACCAAUAAGCCAUGCGGCAAAAUGCUAUUACUAUCUCAUUAUCAGCAAAACUUUCAUGGAACCAGAGAAGAAAUCCAUUGGAGGUGGAGGAUCUCAAGGCAAGCAGGAGAUGAUGUUUGCAAAUGCAGAAGAGGAGUUCUUUUAUGAGCAAGCAACCCUGAAAUUCAGCUAUUCUGUACAGGAGGAGAGCGACACGCAGCUAGGAGGAAGGUGGUCUUUUGAUGACGUUCCUAUGAAGCCUCUCAGAACAGUUAUGUUGGUCCCAGCUGACAAAAUGAACUCCAUCAUUGAGAAAUUCAAAGAAUAUCUAUCCGUGUAA